UUGUCCCUUUGCUGUCUCGGAUGGACUCCACAAGAUUCCCAGAGGAAACCGUCCUCAUAACGGGAGGAGGCGGAUAUUUUGGCUUCCGCCUCGGCUGUGCUCUGAACCAGAAAGGAGUCCACGUGAUUCUGUUUGACAUCAGCCAACCUGCCCAGAACGUUCCAGAGGGAAUCACGUUCAUCCGUGGAGACAUCCGCUGCCUCUCUGACGUGCAGACAGCCUUCCAGGACACUGACAUUGCGUGUGUGUUUCACAUCGCCUCUUAUGGUAUGUCUGGGAGGGAGCAACUGAACAAAACCCUGAUUGAAGAGGUCAAUGUGGGCGGCACAAACAACGUCCUCCAGACCUGCCUGGAGAGAGGUGUGCCCAGGUUAGUCUACACAAGCACGUUCAAUGUCAUCUUUGGAGGUCAAGUCAUCAGAAAUGGGGACGAGUCUCUGCCUUACCUGCCUCUUCACCUGCACCCGGAUCACUACUCCCGGACCAAAUCCAUUGCAGAGAAGAAGGUGCUGGAAGCCAAUGGCUUGGCCUUCAAGCAAGGCCAUGGCGUCCUUAGAACCUGCGCACUAAGGCCCGCUGGCAUCUAUGGGGCCGGAGAACAAAGGCACCUUCCCAGGAUAGUGAGUUAUAUUGAGAGGGGUCUGUUCAGAUUCGUGUACGGGGAUCCCAACAGCCUGGUUGAGUUUGUCCAUGUGGAUAACCUGGCAAAGGCUCACAUUCUGGCCUCCGAGGCUCUAAAAGCUGAUAAGGGCCACGUGGCCUCUGGGCAGCCCUACUUCAUCUCAGAUGGCAGACCUGUGAAUAAUUUUGAAUUCUUUCGGCCCCUGGUUGAGGGCCUGGGCUACACGUUCCCAUCCCUCCGCCUGCCACUCACUCUCAUCUACUGCUUUGCUUUCCUAGUGGAGAUGACCCACUUCAUUCUGGGGAGGCUCUACAACUUCCAGCCUUUUCUCACCCGCACUGAGGUUUAUAAGACUGGCGUCACACAUUAUUUCAGCUUACAGAAAGCCAGGAAAGAGCUAGGCUAUGAGCCGCAGGCAUUUGACCUGCAGGAGGUAGUGGAGUGGUUUAAAGCCCACGGUCAUGGCAGAAGGUCUGGAGGUGAAGACUCGGGGUUUAUUCUGUGGGAUGGAAUUCUGGUCCUCCUCUUGGCACUCUCUCUUCUUACCUGGUUUCCUUCUUCCACAGUUCUGUCUGUGUGAAGAGAAAACAACACAUAGGAGCUGAGCCUACUCCCUGGGGUGGUUUUCAAGAGUGCAGGUUUU